AUGGCCAAGAUGGACGGCAACCACCAACACAUCCAAUCGAUAAGUACCAGAGUUACCUUCUUGACCAAAAGUCUUCUAGAAAGACUGGCGAACAAGAACUGUCAAGUCCGCUGGGUGGCGGUCACGCCUUUCUCGUAUAAACUCACCAUCACCCAAGAUCACACCGCAUCUUUCUGGUCUCACGACCCCGAGUCCUCUCACUUGUCCCCCGUGAAGUUCCUCAUCGACUUUCCGCUUCCCACCAACCGCCAUAAAAAGCUAAUCUUCCCUAAUCGAGCCGGAGGCUACAUUGACCUCGACAUGGUGGUCAAUCGGUACCCUUGGAGGACCCUUACCAUACCAUCCUCCAUGGACCCCGUGCACCUGGAGCAACGGACUCAAAUCCCGAUGAACUGGUUCCUCUCUUAUAUACACAGCUCUGGUCCAUCCUCUUUGUCUUUGCCGGCGUCGUCCUCGCGUAACCCUCUGGACACUCUUCCUCGAAUCGCUCAAUCCGGCCCUCUCAUUGGCUGCCUUGCGGACCAUUCCUCCGACAGGACUGACCGCUUCUGCCUCUGGUGGUUGCAGCUACAAGUCAACCAAGACCAGCUAUCUCUGAGCGAAGCCUUUGUCAAACCACAGAUCUGUCCAUACGAGGACCUACUCCCGGAGAGCGCGUCUCCUGAGGAGAAGGAAAAGUACAACAAGGAAAGGGGCCAACAACUUAUGGAUGCCUUCAAACGGUAUCCCAGGUUGGAAUUCAGAUUGUCCCUGUCCGUGUUGUUCUUCCUGGCGGCCGGUAUAAUGCCAAAAUCCAUCUGGCAGCACACAGAUCUGCACAUCAGGCCGAUGGAGGGUGGGCUGCAUAGAGGUAUGUUUGCAAUCAGCGAGCUUGCUCACAACCAUGAUGAUUGUGUUGACUGUGGCUCUGGAAAGAGACAAAUCCUCAUCUUCGUUGCCAAAAACGGCAUCUGUCUGGACUUGGCCCGCGGAACUGUGAUACUGGACACCGCUGUGCUAGUUACCACCAAGGAGCUGCGCCAGAUACUGCCGAAAUCCUUCGCGGAGAUGAAGAAUAAGUCACCGGUUCCCAUUUCCACCCACAAGGUAAUGUCUCAUACAAUGAGAACUUGGGAGGAGGCUUUGCCUGCUUUUGCCGAGCGGUGUCGCGGUCAAGCAUGGGAGCAUGGGCCGGCUUGCGAGUACAAGAAGUGGCAGCGAGUACCGGUGGCGACUGUUCUUCAGAAAGAUGAUCCGGUAUUUUGUUCGUGCAGCAUGGGAAAACUGCCCAAGAGUUGGUCAGUAGCUGAAGACCACCCAAUUCCACAAUGGAACGAAAUCCGGCCGCAUCUUGUUAGGGCGGCGAUCAGUCUACCGUUUGGAUGUCCAGGACUUACAGACCCGUACCACCACCCGAUGAGUUGGGAUCCUCUUCUCCAUCCUCGUAAUGUUCCAGUUACAGAUGUCAUCCCUGGCCGCGGCGUGGUGGGGGCAGCGGCAGGUUCGGGUCCGAGUGCGGUUGCAACUUCAGCAGCAGGAACCAAUCCCACAUGGCCAGCUCCGGCUUCCACUCCCAGCGGGGUCCCAACUUCAGCUACUGCCUCAGCUCCGACAUCAGCUUCAGCCCCAGCUGCGUCUCAAACAAUGGCUCCGACUGGUCCUCGCCCGAUAGCAUCUGCUAAAGGCAUCUUGAGACCAGCCUCGACUUCGGCUCCGGUUACGGCUUCAACAGACACUCGCUUGACUCGAGCUAAGACUCAAGCUGAGUUGCUUCAAGAGGCCAAUCCCUUUCAAGCUCAGGUAGCUCGAGCUCGGACACAAGCCCUGACACAAGCUCUGGCGGCCAACACGGCUAGUUUGGCUCUGCGUCCCAAGCAGCCUACCACCUCAAGUCAGACAUCACUUCAAGCCCCGGCUCCUGUUGGCACCAAGUCGGCUUCGACGAAGCCUGCUGUGAGUUACAGAUGCAUCUUCUGUAAUGAAGCAAAGAACAGAGACAACGGAGGCGACUUGAACAAGUGCUCAAAGUGCAAAAAAGCACAUUAUUGCUCAAAGGCAUGCCAGGUGGUAGAUUGGAAGCGGCACAAGAAGGAGUGUAAUGAUGGUCCUGGUGUUGGUGGCAGUGCUAGUGCUGCGGAGAAUGGCGAGGAGAAAGCGAAGGACAACGAGAAGGCGAAGGGAGAUGAGAAGGAAAAGAGUGAAGUGAGGAAAAUGAAGGAUAUGGCCAUGUUGUAA